AAUUUGUCAAACGGGUCCGUUGACAUUCCUUGGUCGUUUUGUUUAUCUACAAUUUAAUCGGGUUAACCUUCAAUAUAAACAACCGGCAGGUAGUUUCAAAGACAAUUAAUGAUAUGAUUUAACUUUACACGGGAUCAAUACAAAUCAAGAAGGCUGGUUCCGGGCGAGCGCGAAUUUACAUUCGCAGCGUCUACCGAAAUUUUACAACAGGUAUAUUUUAAUUCACUGACGGUAACUGGGGGUAACUGGGAAAGAGCACGAUCCUACAAUCGCAGACUCUAAUUCAGGGACAGGUAAUUUCAAUUAAUGGCACUGCUAUACAGCCACGUUUAAUUCAGGGACGGUAACUGGGGUUUGAGACACGGUCCUACAACCGUCAUCUCUAAUUCAGGGACAGGUAACUGGUGAGAUUCACGUACGGUAACGGGGAAAGAGCAAGGUCCUACAACCGCCGACUCUUAAUUCAGGGACAGGUAACGGGUGAGGGUGAGAUUGAGAGCGGUGUUACAACCGCCACUCCGGGAAUGGGACUGUGGUGCUUAGGACCAGGGCAAAGAUAUAAGACCUCAGACCCAAGACCUACUUUCUGGUUUGGUUUCUACUUUUAUAUCGUUUGGAAGGAAGUGGGAAUGUAAUGGUGAUGGUAAUGUUACUGGUGGGAAUGUCAAGCAUGACGUCUCCCAAACUACCGCCCUCUCCUGAUAGAAAUUUAGAUUAAUUUCAGAUUCCUACAGGAGUCAAAUUACAAAUUAAUCUUAUUAAAUUUCACAUCAUUACAACGUAAUUAUGCACCUAUCCCAAAUACAUGCAGAAUCGAAUAUUAUAGGGACGGUUUCGUUCAUAUUUACUAGGUACAUUAACCUUUUAAGGACGGCCGACGGCUUUAUACGGCAAUAGUAAAUUUGUCUGACAGACUGUAGUCGGAUAUAGCCGACACCAGGUUCUACAUUGCCUCUGCACUGGUGCCGUCUAUAUCCGACACUGUAGAAAAAGUGUUGGGCUCCACAGACGACUGACGCGUUAUUCCGACACAAAAAAUGGAUGUUGUACCGCCGAGUGUCGGUUGAACCCGUCGUGUCGGAUAUAUCCGACACUCGUCUGCUAGCUAUAUCAUGGGUAGUACUGGCGUAUAGGUUAUGUUAUGAUGGCAGAAGACGGAAUUGCCGGCCCUUCCAGGCCUAAAAGAAGCAAAGUACAGUUGAAUAAUUAUUGUGGAUUAGAUCCUAAAGAAGCUGCUCACCUUCUGCAGCUUCUGAGUGAUGAAAACAGUGACAAUGAACUCGAAGAACCGUUUGCGGACAGUGGUAGUGAAUAUGAAUUGGAAAGUGAAUCGGAAGAAUCAGCUGACGAGGAAAAUAUCAUAGAUGAAGACAUCGUGGAUGAAGCCAAUGAAAUACCUAAUGAUAUUAGAGAUGACGAUGAUUCCCAAGAAGGUAAUCCAGGUGGUAAUGAAACGGAUCACAGUGACAUCAACAUUACAUGGACAAAAAAUAAUUUCCAACCUAUAUUACAUACAUUCAACAGCAGUUACAGCGGAAUACAGGGAGACGUCCUCAAUCAAGCUUCUAAAGAGAUUGAUUAUUUUUUCAAUCUUAUUACCGAGGAUGUAACUGAUCUGAUAAUUACUGAAACCAACCGGUAUGCACGACAGCAAGAUGAGAAAAAAUGGAAGGAUAUAGACUUGCCUGAGCUGUCUAUUUUUUUGGCUUUGACAAUGCUAAUGUCACGGAAUAAAAAACUUGAUAUGAAGGAAUAUUGGUCAAAAGAUCCGUUGCUAAAUUCUCCAAUAUUUGGUAAGCAAAUGCCCAGGGAUAGGUAUUUACAAAUCAAGAGAUGUCUGCAUUUCGCAGACAAUGAAAAUGCGCCAACUAACAACCGUCUAUACAAAAUAGAGACGCUGCUACAAAUGAUCAAAAAGAGACUUGCAGAUCUCUUCCAUCCGUUCCAAGACCUUGUCAUUGACGAGAGUAUGGUUCUAUUCAAAGGACGACUUAGUUUCAAACAAUAUAUAAAGACCAAACGACAUCGCUUUGGCAUCAAACUUUAUGUUCUGUGUGAUUGUGAAACGGGGAUAGUUCAGGACUUCGUGGUUUAUAUUGGACAGCAAACCAACAUUCAGGUAAGAGACGUGAAGGGACUUGGUUCUUCUGGGUCAGUGGUCGCCGCUUUGAUGGAUCCGUACUUACACAAAGGACAUUCGCUCUUCACAGACAAUUAUUAUAGUAGUCCGAUACUCUCUACUUAUCUUCAUGAAAAUGAAACUAACUCAAGUGGCACUGUUCGAGCAAACAGGAAACACAUGCCUGUCCUCAACUCAAAACUGAAGAAAGGAGAUAUUGAUUGGAGAUGCAGUGACAAAAUUCUGGUGAUGAAGUGGAAAGAUCGAAGAGAUGUCUCCAUGAUAACCACUAUGCACGAAAAUAAAAUGGUCAAUCUUGACAAAGUGGACAAGGUCACUGGAGAACCAGUCAAGAAGCCAUUAUGUGUGGUGGACUAUAAUGGGAAAAUGGGAGCUGUUGACCGGUCUGACAUGAUGAUAAGUAGCAUAGAAUGCAUGCGUAAAAGCAAUAAGUGGUACAAAAAGCUAUUUUAUCAUGUCAUGGACAUUUGUAUGCUGAAUUCCCAUGCGAUGUAUUCACUUAUAAAUCCAGAAAAGGUUCCUCUGGCUAAAUUCCAACUGAACCUUAUUCGACAGAUUCUCGAGAAAUAUUCUGCGACCCCCAUUGUCGCUCCACAGCAUGUUCGUGGAUUGGAUGUGGCGAGGCUUACAGGGAGGCAUUUUCCAGUUUUGGUGCCAGACACACCAAAAAGCAAAAACCCCUUGAGGAGAUGUAUAGUAUGUUCGCAGACGAAACUUGCACCGAAAAAAAGGAAGGAGUCCAGAUACAUGUGCAAAGAUUGCGAUGUUGGUUUGUGUGUGGUGCCAUGUUUCGCUACAUAUCAUACAAUGUCAAAGUUUUGAAUUGGUUGUGCAAUAAAAAUUAAUCUAAAUGAU